UACAUAUACACACACAACACCUCAGCCCUCCAUCACACAACACCCAAAACCCUCCCUCACCACCCACCUAACCCCCAACCCCCACCAAAAUGCCCCCACACAACGGCCUCGUCCACCCGAAACAAUACGACGUCAAAGACAGCAACGUCGAACUGAUCAACAGCGCCCUGGACCACCAAGUGAAACACAACAGCGCCACCACCGAGCCCGCCUGGCGCGCCGUCGGCACGACCCCGGGGCUGUACAUCUGGCGCAUCGAGCAAUUCGAAGUGGUCCCGUGGCCGCGGGACCGGUACGGCGAGUUCUACGACGGGGACAGCUACAUCGUGCUGCACAGUGCCAAGCCCCCGCCUUCGCAAACCCAGCAGCCGCAGCCAGACACUGAGGGCGAAACCCCGCUGCAGCUGCAGCAUGACAUCUUCUUCUGGCUGGGCAGCCACACCUCGCAGGACGAGGCCGGCACCGCCGCGUACAAGACCGUCGAGCUGGACGAGUACCUGCACGGGGCGGCGACGCAGCACCGCGAGGUGCAGGCGCAUCCGUCGAGCGAAUUCGUGGGGUUGUUCCCGCGGAUCUCCAUCCGGAAGGGCGGGGUGCAGUCUGGGUUCCGGCAUGUGGAUGGUUCUGCGGAGGACGAGGAAGAGGGGAGGAUGAUGCUGUUGCGCGUGUUCAAGCAUGCCGGGGCGACGCGGCCGGGUUCGUUGAUCGUGCAUGAGGUUGAGCCGACGUGGCGGAGCUUGGACGAUCGGGAUGUCUUUGUGUUGGAUGUCGGGGAUAAGAUUUGGGUGUGGCAGGGUCGGGCCUGCAGUCCCAUGGAGAAGGGGAAGGCGGCGCAGGUGGUGCAUGAUCUGACGCAGGCGAAGCAUGUCGAGGUCGAGGUGCUGUCGCAGCUGGAGGCGCGCAGUAAGCUCGUCGUCGACAUGCUGGGCGGGCGCGAGGUCGAGCAGCUCUCGUUCAGCGCGCCGCGGCCAAUCUCGGAGAAGCGGAAGCGGGCGGCGGGCGAUGAGGAUGAGGACGAAGGCCAGAGGGCUGGUGGCGCGCAGCAGCGCAAACUCUUCAGGCUGAGUGAUGCGGAUGGCUCGUUGUCGUUUGAGCUCGUCAAGGAGGGGAGUCACAUCGGCAAGGCGGAUCUGGAUGGCAAGGAUAUCUUCCUGUUUGAUGACGGGGACCGGCUGUGGGUGUGGCAGGGGCUGGAGGCGAGUGCCGCGGAGCGCGCGCUGUGGUUGCGCGUGGCGCAGUCGUAUGUGCGCUGGCUGCAGGAGAGUCCGGAGGGGUCCGAGGCGCACUUGAUUCCCAUUUCCAAGGUCGUGCAGGGCCAUGAGAGUCCGGCGUUUAUGCGCGCCAUCGCUGCGGAGGCUUAGGGCCGUUGUUGGUGGGAGAAUGAAGUGUACUGUAUAUAUGCUAUAUAUCACCUAACAUAUCACGUUUUCGGGAUCUAGGCAGCAGGUUAUGCUAACGGCUGGCAUCGUGAGCAUUUCUGUAGUUAUCUCCAAACACAUUAUAGUAUCCAAACCUCAGUCCAGUACAUACGAGGGGGAUAAUGCAACU